AUGACAGCCCAUCAACUACUACCGGCAAGAAAAUGCACGUUCCUUCUGCACACGUUCUGUGCAACGGGCCACGUCCUGCCCAUGCAGGCUGUCGCCAAGGCCCUGGUCCAACGGGGCCAUCGCGUCAUCUGGUUGACCAGCCCGUCUCAGUCGUGGCGUGUCAUGGCCUCGGGCGCCGAGGUUGCCCAGACCGAGGCCCUUUUGGAGUGGGACGAGCGCCUCCUGGCCGCCCAACCUGCCUCUCUCCCAGAUCUGGCAGACGUGCUCUUUGGCGGCCGCGUCGACGCCGUGGUGGCCGACAUUCGCCGUGUGCUCAAGGACAAGGGCGAUCCCCGGAUCGACUGCCUGGUCAACGACGCCAUGCCAUACGGGGCCAAGGCCAUGUUUGACCUCGGCGCCGUCGGGGCCUGGGCCACGCUGGGCGUCGUGCCGAUGUACACGGAUCGCAGCAGGCCCCUGUCGGCACUGGGCAUGCUGCUGACCACGCCGGCGCUCGCCCUGCCCGUCGUCAACCGCCAGCGCUCGGCACUCGGGCUCCCGGACCAGACGCCGGAGGAGCCCUUCAACUACAGCCCUCUGCUGCACAUCCAGGCCUCAUGCGAAGAGCUCGAGUUUGGAGUGCGGGAUCUGCUGCCGAGUGCGCAUUUUGUCGGCCCACUGGUGUCUUCUCCCGCCGGCGCUGGCUCGGCCGGCUUGCCGUGCUGGUGGUCCGACGUCGAGAGUCACGAGUGCGUGGUCGGUAUCACCCAGGGCACCUACGCCGUGGACCCGUCUACGCUGCUGAUUCCGGCCGUCGAAGCGCUGGCCGGCGACAAGAGCCUGCUCCUGGUGGUCCCGUCGCCGCUGGCCGACAGGAUCCGCAGCGAGCUGGCGGACAGGGGCGUCGCGCUCGACAAUGUGCGACUGGCCGAGUGGGUGCCGUACAGCGAGCUGCUCCCGCGCUGCCGGACGCUGAUAACCAACGGAGGCUACGGCAGCGUCACGCAGGCGCUCGCCAACGGGGUUCCCCUCGUCUGCGCGGGCACCUCGGAGGACAAGAGGGAUACGGCGGCGAGGGUCGUAGCGGUCGGUGCCGGAAUCGAUUUGCAGACCGACACGCCCGAGGCCGAGGAGAUAAGAAAGGCCGUCAGGACAAUGCUGGAGGAUUCGUCAUUUGCGGAGAGGGCAGCGGCUGUAGGCAGGAGUUUGAAUGGUUUGGGUGGCGCUACCAAGGCCUGUGAGCUGCUCGAAGGCUUGGUUGAGAGGGUCAAGACUGGGGCGGUAUGA